AUGGAAAAGUUAUCUCGGGUGCAUACGGGAUCAUUUGACUUCUUUGUGAAGGAGGGUCUCAGUCGAUUAGUCAAGCAUUUACAACCACUGGAAUUCGACAGUGGAAGUGAUGUCGUCGAGUUCAAAGUACAGUUUAUAGAAGUAGCUCCCCCCGUCGAUUCAGAUAACAGAUCUACACUACUUUAUCCCAGUGAGUGCCGGAGGUCAGGACUAACUUAUGGAGGAGAGUUAAAGUUGAGUGUUCGUGUUUCUGUAAAUGGUUCACCUUUGGGAGUUUUGGAUGUUCCAUGUGGAGUUUUACCUAUCAUGGUCAUGUCUCGAGCAUGUAACCUAUCGUCUCUGCCACGCUCACAAUUCUAUUUACAUGGCGAAGAAUUCAAAGAGAUUGGUGGUUAUUUCAUAGUCCACGGGAAGGAGCGUGUUCUUAGGUUGCUUAUUAUGUCAAGACGAAAUUAUCCAUUAGCCAUCUCCAGAUCAACUUUCAAGAAGCGUGGACAUGGUUACACAGAACAUGCUAUAGUGAUGAGAUGUGUGAGAGAAGAUGAAACAGUCUCAAUCCUGAUGCUACAUUGGCUCGUGAACGGAGAACCGGCACUGGCAUUCAUCGUUGAACGUGAGCAAUUUCUUGUCCCUAUCUCGAUUAUACUCCGAGCUCUGGUUAAGAAGACAGAAUUCGAAAUCUUCGAUGAUAUUCGGCGCGGUUGUGGAGAAUCUUUUUCGCUUGAAGAGAACGCAAUGCGGAUUCUUAUACGUUUAAAAGAUGAUGAAUACAGUUCACAGACUCGUGCUUUGUGCUAUUUAGGAGGAUUAUUUCGCAAGCGAAUGAAUGUUCCCGAUCGAUUGUCCGAUGAAGAAGCUGGAAAAUUUCUACUCAGUGAAUAUAUUGCAAUCCAUUUGUCAUCAUUCUUGGAUAAGUAUCAUUUACUCUGUUUCAUGAUUAAAAAGUUGCAUGCAUUUGUCUCUGGAUUAUGUUGUGAAGAAAGCAAUGACAAUCCGAUGUUUCAAGAAGUUUUAUUACCGUCUACUUUAUAUCUCCAAGUAUUACGUGCGAAAGUACUUCAUUUACUUGCAAAUGUCAAAGAACAGGUUUUAUUAAAAAGUCGGAAACAGAACGUUCGUAUAUCCCUGUCCUUAUUUCAUCAGGCUCUCUUAUCUCGCGCUUCUGAAGUCAGUACAGCAAUGGUGUAUAUGGUGUCUACUGGGAAUCUUCCUCCUUCAUGUAAAUCUACUCUUUCCGCUCAGCUUAGCGGGCAAUCAACUGGCUUAAGUGUUCCGGCGGAUAAUGUUAAUUUUCUUCGAUUCGCUGCACAAUUUCGAGCUGUUCACCGAGGGGCAUUUUUCACAGAAAUGCGAACUACUUCAGUUCGUCGUUUACUGCCGGAAGCAUGGGGUUUCUUUUGUCCUGUACACACUCCUGAUGGUGCACCUUGUGGUCUUUUAAAUCACUUAGCUGAACCUGUAGAGGCUGUAUGCGAAACUCCAAAACAGUCAGUGCUUGAAAAUAUCGGAAAUUGGUUAUCCACACACAAAUUAAGACCGAUUGAAUUAUCCAGACAGUUGUUUGGUGUUGCUGAACAACAAAAUGCCUUGCCGGUUUUAUUAGAUGGUCGUCUUAUCGGUUGGUUGUCAACGUUAGAUGAAGCAAAACGUUUAGCACUAGAGCUACGCAAUUUAAAAGUUGAUCCUAACUGUAAAAAUAUCCCUCACACAAUGGAAAUAACGUUAGUUCCUUCAACGGAUGUCGGUUCACAGUAUCCUGGCUUAUAUCUUUUUGCUGGUGGAUCGCGGCUCUUAAGACCAGUCAAAAAUUUACAAUGUCCAAAAAAUUCAGCUGGUAAAGAUGUUAUUGAAUGGAUCGGAACAUUUGAACAAGUUUAUUUAAAUAUAUCUGUGAAAGAGGAGGAAUUAAGUGAACGUUCACCUAUUGAUAGAUCACAUAUUGAAAUAGCUCCUGAAAAUAUUUUCAGUUUUGUUGCUGGUUUGAUCCCAUAUCCGGAUUUUAAUCAGUCUCCACGUAAUAUGUAUCAAUGCCAAAUGGCUAAACAGACUAUGGGUCAUUCUUGUUAUACAUGGCGUAAUCGAUCAGACGCGAAAGCUUAUCGUUUAUUUACACCUCAAAGUCCUCUUGUCCGAACUAAAAUGUAUGUUAAAUACGAUGUUGAUCAUUAUCCUCUAGGAUUUAAUGCAAUUGUUGCAGUGAUGUCAUACACAGGUUAUGAUAUGGAAGAUGCUAUGGUGAUUAAUAAAGCAUCAUAUGAUCGCGGGCUAGCUGGAGCUUGUAUCUAUAAAUCAGAAGUUAUUGAUCUAUCUUCACUUUCCAAGUCAACAUCUUCAAAUAAUCCAUUUCAGAAGAAAAGACUAGUCACAUCUGAAUACUAUUUCGGUUUUGCAGGUGAAAAACCUGAUAAAGGUUUAGAUUUAGAUGGUUUCCCACCAGUUGGUGCCCGUUUAGAACCAGGAGUCAGUUGGUUAUACGCCUAUACACAUAUUGAAACAUUGCAAACUAAUUUUAUCAAAUACGAAGGUGGUGAACAAAUAGCUUAUGUUGAUUCAAUAUCACUCAAUGGAUCGUGGAGUUGUGCUACAAUCACACUUCGUUUGCCUAGACAACCAGAUAUUGGAGAUAAGUAUAGCAGUCGUCAUGGUCAAAAAGGUAUUAAUAGUCUAUUAAUUCAAUGUGAAGAAAUGCCUUGGUCUACUACAAAUGGUCUUAUUCCUGAUCUAAUAUUUAAUCCUCAUGGUUUCCCAACUCGAAUGACAAUGGGUAUGAUGAUUGAGUUUUUAGCUGGGAAAUCUGCUGCAUUAACAGGUAAUCGCAUUGAUGCAACUCCAUUUCAAUGGUCAGAAGAUUCACCACCUUAUGAAGACUAUUGUCAAAUAUUAACUGAUUGUGGUUUCAAUCAUUGGGGCACAGAAACAAUGAUGUCUGGAUCAACUGGACGUCAGCUGGAAGCUCAAAUAUACGUUGGAGUUGUUUAUUAUCAACGUUUGAGACAUAUGGUAGCGGAUAAAUAUCAAGUUCGUGCUGAAGGUCGGUUCGAUCCAAUACUUCGACAACCAAUUAAAGGCCGUAAAGUUGGAGGUGGUAUUCGUCUUGGUGAGAUGGAACGUGAUUGUUUGUUAUCACAUGGUCUCGUUUUCAGUUUACAAGAUCGUUUAGUUGAUUCCAACUGUGAUAAAGUUAAGAUGCUUGCCUGUUCCAAAUGCGGUGGUUUAACGCAUUCUGAUUUGGCACGGAAUAUCACUAACACUAGUGUAAACCAAAUUACCUCAAACAAUUCGUCUUCAUUUGUUCCAGGUACAAACCGAUGGUGUUGUCGUUUAUGUGAUUCUGAUAGAAGUGGCUGUUUAUCUCGGGACAGAGAUAACUCUCUUAAAUAUGUUAAAGUUUCAGCUUCAUUUAGAUAUCUAACGUACGAAUUAGCUUGUUUGAAUGUAAAAACUCGAUUAUCUUUGAUUGACUUGGAGUAA